UAACUUCCGGGUAUAGACCGGAUACUAUUAAUCUUGCCUAGAGUUUUCUUCGCAAAAUCUGAGCCUAUUUCCAAGGCUUAUAGUAGCUAUAGUAGUGUCAUCUAUAGCUGGUUAAGCUGUCUAUUCAACUUGGAAUUGGAUAUGGCUGCGAAUCCAGCAGAGAAGGAGGUUAUACCCGAGGAUAGUGACUCAAAGGCUCAGCCAAAGAGAAGCAGGGACGAAUUUGUAUUUGAUAAAAUUCUAGGAGAGGGAUCGUAUUCCACGGUUGUUUUGGCAACAGACAAAGUUACGAAAAAACAAUAUGCGAUGAAGAUUUUGGACAAGAGACACAUCAUUCGUGAGAAGAAGGUCCCCUACGUGAGUCGAGAGAAAGAUGUGCUCACAAGACUAGACCAUCCCUUCUUUGUCAAGCUCUAUUUUACCUUUCAAGACAAAGACAACCUCUACUUUGGCCUCAGUCUCGCCAAAAGAGGGGAGUUGCUGGAGUACCUGAAGAAAGUCGGUGCUUUUGAUGAGAAUGCCGCACAGUUUUACACGGCUGAGAUAGUGCUGGCUCUCGAGUACCUGCACAGCAAAGGCAUAAUACAUAGAGACCUGAAGCCUGAGAACAUUCUCCUGGACGAGAACAUGCACAUCCAGAUCACCGACUUUGGGACUGCCAAGAUUAUAGAGGGCGGAAAUGAUCGAGCCAAUUCUUUUGUUGGUACGGCUGAGUACGUGUCUCCUGAGCUACUGCAGAACAAGGUCGCCUUCAAAAGCUCUGACCUAUGGGCCCUGGGCUGCAUACUAUGCCAGUUGUUGUCAGGAAGACCACCUUUCCAUGCACCGAAUGAGUAUCUGUGUUUCCAGAAGAUCACCAAACUGGAGUACAUGAUUCCCGAGGGUUUCCCUGACAACGCCAGAGACCUCGUCUCAAAACUCCUGCUGUUAGACCCAGCGGCUCGGCUAGGAUGUGAUCAGAUGGGUGGCUACCCUCCUCUCAAAGAUCACCUAUUCUUUGAGGAUAUUGACUGGGAGACCAUCCACGAGCAAACUCCGCCCAAACUCAUGCCCUACCUUCCCUCUAACACAAAGGGAGAGUCUGCACUCAGGAGUGACAUUCUUAUCGGCGACGGUAGCAGCGAGGAAGGCAGUGAGCUGUCAGACUGGGAGCUGUUUCCGAGCAGCACUAAAUCGACCAAUCAGACUGCUGCCGGGUCUGAAGGUCAAGAGAGGGAGGAGCAACUCAAACAACAAGCCAAAGAUUCACCGUGGAAUCAGUUUGUAAACGGAGAGCUUAUAGUGAUGACAGGACUCAUCGACAAGAGAAAGGGUCUGUUCAGUAAGAGGCGACAGUUCAUCUUGACUGACAAGCCACGGCUCUACUAUGUUGACCCAGUCAAUAUGGACCUCAAGGGAGAGGUGCCUCUGUCAGACUCCAUGACCAUAGAGGUCAAGAACUGGAAGAUCUUCUUUGUCCACACACCGAGCAGGACGUACUACCUGGAGGACCCGACUGGUCAGUCACAGAAAUGGGCGGACACUCUCAACGAAUGGAUGGCAAAAAGGAAAGCCAGAAAUACAGACAAACAAUCAUAGCACGUAUUCAAUUUUCCCCUCUUGCAAUUUUUCAUCCUAUUUAUAAUUUCAUUUUGUAGCACCUAGACAAUGUACGCAUAUAAAAUAUACUGUUUGUACAGUUCUUCUCUUUUUGAGUUUUCAAUUGACCUCUAAUAA